CAUGGAGUGAGAAAGAAACAGAGAUAAGAAGGCUUAACAAAACAACAAAAACAAAAUGUUAAAGUUUUGGCUUGUUUAGCUAAUUUAAUACACACCCAUUAAUCAAACAUUCAUUCCCACUAAAUUAAUACCAUGGAUCUCGCCCUUCCUUAUUUCAGUGUCAUCUUCCAUUACAACUUUACAUAUCUUUUUAUAUUUCAUCACUCUCAGCUGCUUCCUUGUCCUUUGGAACUACAAGUCCCUGCUUUUAACCAUUCUUUAUGCUCUGUUUCUUUAGUUUCACCUUUUUCUUUAACUUGCUAAUCUGCCUACUCACCAGGAUGCUUCACUUUCUUCUCUCUUUCGAUCUUUCUGCUAGUUAGUUUUCAUUUGUAAGCCCACCCCUUUUUUGUUUUUGAGAAAUCAAGAAUGUUGCUCUUACCAUUCUCUGGCUUAUCUAGUCAGAAGAUGACUUGUAGUAUUGCUGAUGCUUCAAUGGGGUCUUCGAUUUCUGGCAUUUGCAGGCCUGGUUUUGAUUUGAAUGGUGAUCACACAAGAAAAAAGAAAGGGGAGUUCAGGCUUUUCGCUUUGGCUGAUCCUCCUGCUUAUACCGAAAAAUUUUCGCCUCCCAAUUUUUACCAGGAGGUACUUAAGGUCGCAAGGGAAAAAUUUACACAAGAGAUAUCUUUCAGGUCCAAGGACAAAGACAUCUCACUCGCUAAGGCCUUACUUUAUGUUGGUGCUGAAAACGAGGCAUUUGUGGCCUAUAAUCGGGAGAUGGAUGCCUGUUCUCUCCAAAAUGAAAGACGAGGUGCGUCAGGUGCAUCUAGUUCUCCAAAGUGGGAUACUAUUGAUGACAUGCCUUUGGAUGGAAAAACAAUAUCCCAGUGGUUGGAAGAAUUGGAUGCAAUUGCCAAAGAAGUUCAGGCUGAGCUAGUUUCAAGGGAUAUAGGUUGUCAUUUGGUUGAAGUAUUGGAGGCAGUGAACAUAGUUCUUUUUGAAUCCCGAGGUUUUGAAAGGUCCCCUGUCAUAGUGGAUUCGAAGUGUUCCUACAUGCAUACAGUGUUAAGCUCCGGACGUGGAAGUGCAAUUAUGCUGAGCAUUAUUUAUAUUGAGGUUUGUCGAAGACUUAAUCUAAAUAUUGUGGGAUCUCGAGUUGGAGAAGAAUUUUUGAUUUGGCCUCAAACAGGAAAUCCUGAGGAGCUUUUUAAGAUAUCCUCGGGACGGAGCCUGUUUGGGGUUGUUAAUGGAAGUUGUGUGGCGGACCCAAGAUCUAAGGCCUCAGACCUAAAUAGCGAUUCUCUUUCAGGGCUUGAUAUUGCGACAAACAGAGACAUCAUUGGAAUUGCCUUGGCCAAUUUGAUUAGGCUUCAUUGGAAACGCGCUUCGAGAACGAAUCAUGGAUUGAUGCUGACAUCUCCGCUUAGACGUGUAAAUGAUACAAAUGAUAAAUUUAACAAAAGUGAUAGUUCAAAUGUCCCUUUAUUGAGGCCUCGGGAUUUGAGGCUGGCUAUCAUGGCUUCAGAGAAAUUGCUUAUCCUGCAGCCACAUAACUGGGCUUUAAGGAGAGACCAUGGCAUGAUGUUGUAUUUUUAUAGGGACUAUGAGGAGGCGGUUCAAGAACUUAGCAUCUGCAUGGCCUUUGCCCCAGAGGAAGAAGCAGAAGUGCUUGAACCUUUCGUAGAGAAAUUGCAUUUGUUGCGGCUUGAAUCAUCAUGGAAAUCUUUGGGGCAUAAAGGUCGGUUAACAGUUUCUUGAUAAGUUUGCCCAACAUCCUAUGCCCCUCAACAUCGAAGUCCAUAUUAUAGAAAAGUUACUGAACCACUGGCAGUUAUAGCUGUAGUAUUCUCUACCCUGUCAGUACUCACCAACCUCGUAUUACAUGGUCUCAGACAUCAGAUACUAAAUAAAACUGAAAAAACUUCAAGUCGAGAUCUUGGUUCCAGACUGGAGGAUAAUUUUAAUGUAUGAGGCCUGUACUAUCCUGUAUAUAUGUUGAGACUUUAAUCAUUUCUAGUUGGUGGUUUAUAGCAGCUAUGUCCCUGUGCUAUAAAAUGUUGCUUUUAUUUUGGUUGUACUAUUUGAUAUGGAGGUAGUGUGAUCCUAUAAUAUCUAUGGUCAACCUGAAUAUAUUGAAGAGGUUUCUCCUGUUAAUUUCGCA